AUGGAUCUGGGAGAGAUAAAUGCUGUAAUGGAGCCGGCUUCUGGAAACCUGUAUUUCCACAUUGCCAUCUUGUGGACCAAUGUGGGAUUUAUGGGAGAAACCAAAGUCUCCUAUCUGCUCUUUGGAAAUGUCGGCCUGAAGGACGUUUUGUCCAUAGUGAGGGAAGCUUCUCAGCUCCGUUUCUCUGCAUGGUUCAAAUGGCUUAUUGGAGCCACGGGUGAAUGCUGGGUGGCAGGUGGACAUCAAAGAAGGAAAUUAGUCCUGGAAAGGGCUUCAAGGCAAGCUCUCACACCAGAAACUUCGAAUCGACUGAGAAUCAGACAACUUGCUGCCAUCUUACUGAAAGAUGUACUCAGAGAAAUUAAUUCAAUAAUCCAGUUGCCCACAAGAUUUCCAGAAGACAUGAUCACAGAAUUACACAAAGGAAAAUACUUUGGUGGUCAUCUGGUCCAUUCAUAUUCCAUCAGCUGCAUGGACAUUGUCAAUAACAAUAAUCAAGAGCAGUUCUUUUUAAAAGCUCUUCACCAGAUGGAGUCAUUGACACUGAUGAUUAAACUGAGGCUCAGAGAGAGGUUAAGAGAUCGCAGACUCGAUGGAAGAAUGGCUGAUUACCCUAAGGAAGGCAAAACUGAUGAUAUUCCAAGUUUCAUCCAGUUAACUGACUUGGCAUCUGAAAAUGUAGGAGGAAAGAUUUUAUUUGCAACAGAUGACUUUUUUGCUCCUGCGGAAAACCUUUUAAAGAAAAACAGGCCUACCUACAAACCGAAAGAAUAUACAGAGUUCGGAAAAUGGAUGGAUGGAUGGGAAACCAGAAGGAAGAGGACUCCAGGUUACGACUGGUGUAUCAUCCAACUAGGAAUACAAGGAAUUAUUCGUGGCAUUGACGCAGACACUGCUUUCUUCACGGGAAACCAUGCUCCCAGAUUAUCCAUUCAGGCAGCGUGUUUACAAAAUGAGGAGAUACCAGACUUACCAGCUAGAGGAUCAAAAUUGGGAUGUGCUGCCACUUCUGAGGAAUAUGAAGCCAUCGAAAAGCUGAGGUCAGAAAAAUGGUGUUGUCUGAUUCCUAUGGAAGAACUCAAACCAGGAUAUUCAGGAACCAAUCACAAUUAUUUUCCUGUUUUUUCUCAACAAAAAUGGACUCACUUAAGACUCAACAUCUUUCCAGAUGGUGGAAUCGCCCGCCUGAGGGUUUAUGGUACUGGACAAAAAGACUGGUCUUCUGCUGAUCCUAAAGAACUGAUUGACCUUGUGUCAAUGGUGCAUGGAGGGGUUUGUGUGGGCUAUAGUAACGCUCAUUUUGGACAUCCAAGAAAUAUUAUAGGUAUAGGAAAGGCAAAGUCCAUGGCUGAUGGCUGGGAAACUGCAAGAAGACUGGACAGGCCACCAGUAUUACAAACUGGUGAAGAUGGUUUUCUCCAGGUACCAGGAGGUGAAUGGGCGAUUUUCAAACUGGCACAUCCUGGUGUAAUCACUCAAAUAGAGAUAGACACACAUCAUUUUAAAGAAGAUUUGCUUGAUGUUCUGGAGACCUUCUUUGGCUACCAGCGAAGUCACGAUGGAGGGCUUGCUUUACUUACCCUUGUUCUUGCUUUUGUGCCUGUCACCUUUGAUUCAGAAGUGUUAUGA